UCAUGGCUGGACCUGGACGAAACUCGCGGAUGGAUUUACGUUCAGCUGACCAGAGGCGGCUACGCCAGUCGCCUACAGAAAGCCCAGAAAGACAUACUGCACAGACGAAAGGCAAGCGGGCAAGGGCAACUACUAAUGAGCAAACUACUGUCAGCAAAAGAACAAAAACUAGCGACCUACAGAAGGCGUUUAAGACCGUCGAGGAGAAGAUGCACUACAAAUGGGAAGAGCUGGGAAAUAGAUUGGACCUGGCGUAUAACUACAUCCAGGGGAUAAGACUCAAACACAGAGAAGAUCCGGCAAAGUGUUGCAGAGCAAUGCUCGAGCAGUGGCGCGGUGCGAAUGGCAAGGACGCAACUCUGGAGAUGUUGUGCAAGGCUAUUCGAGAAUGUAACUGUGUACACGUCGCAGAACAGAUAGAAGGUGCUGACGGUGAUUUGAGAUACUCUGGUCAGCCGGAUGCACCUGAAGAUGUCGAGGUGGUGAAAACAACCGAGUCUUGGAUAAAGAUAAAGUGGGCGCCACCUGCUACUUGUGAAGAUGGACUCAUGAUGGGCUACAUGGUAGAGUACAGUGUGGCCGGAUCUCGUGUUUGGACAAUAGCGCAUGAACAACACUGCCUGUCUAACGACACACGAGAAUUCGAGGUCGGUCAUCUAACGAAGAAUAAGCAGUACCACUUCCGUGUAAGCACUGUUAAUCGCAAUGGUGCAAAGAGUGAACCGGCGUACUCAGCUUGGGGAAUCGCCAAAACACAAGGAAAGCCUGGCACGCCUCGUAACCUGCGCGUCAUAGAUGUCGACAGGGUCGAGGGCACUGUGUCGUUGGAAUGGCUAAAACCAGAAGACAAUGGCGGCUAUCGCAUCUCUUCCUACAUUGUCGAGAAAUCCUACCGUAGGCCAUGGGAGGUGUGGGAUACGUGCAUCCAAGUAUCAGGGCAGCAGUGUAGAGUCAAGCAAAUCAGACCCAUCGAAGGCCACCGAUUCCGAGUGUCUGCAAGAAACAGUAAAGGCUACCAGAGCGAUCCCUCUGACAUGGUUGACCCCGAGCUUCGCGUACGAGUGGAUGUGGCAGGCGCUCAUCACAACAGAGAGGCCGCCCAAGACGCUCUUUGGGAAGGAGCUUUUGGCAAUCAGGGGUUAAAAGGGAAGACAGUGGAGAAAGGAAGCAUAAUCUACGUGUACAGCUGCAAGGACAUUGGUGGUUUGAGAGAAGUCUGGGACAUGUAUUGCCGUGGAGAAGUGCGUCAAUACUUCCAGAAGCUACUUGUGACUGAGCAAGUUCUUCGUGCUUGUGGCGCAAGUAAAGUCGAGCUUGAAGUCACCAUUGAUCCAAAAGACGUCCGUUCCUGUUGCAUACAUCUCCUGCUGACACGUCCAAGCCCCCAUGGCUACAGAGUGUUGAAAACUCCAACCGACGAUGACUUCGCACUGAUGAAAGAAAUCGACGCAACGAUUACAGAUUCAUCGUCUGUGAUUGCGCUUGGUGAACUCCGGAGGAAAAGGCGGCCUUCAGCCACGGGAAGCCUGGGUCUGGAGACAUGUACAACCUUUUCUUCCAAAUUAGCAGGCGCAGCUUUAAUGUUUGGUAUGCACCACUACAGUACUACCAGGGCAUCUAAAACAGAAAUUGGUGACUGAAAUUGUCCAACAAAGAAAUGUCGUAUGUAUGAUAAACCAAUCUGAUUAAUCAUAAAGAAAUACGAAAACUAAGGUGUUCAUAAAAGCGGACA